CCUGAGUCAAUUACAGCAUGCAGUUUCGGCAUUUAAAACUACUACUAUAAAAUUCUGACCAAAGUCCCCUGGUGGAAGAAAACAUAUAGAGGAAACUCCUUGAAAGUGCUCAUCUUAAUUCAGGAUGGCAUUUGUGGAGUUGUUCGUGGUGGCAUUAGUGCCUGUUCUUAAAACACUCAUAAUUACUGCUGUUGGCUUAUUUCUUGCUCUCGGACGUAUCAAUCUCCUUGGCUCCACUGCAAGGCACCAUUUGAACAAUCUUGUGUUUUAUAUUUUUACUCCUGCGCUGGUCUGUAGCAGCUUGGCUGAAACAGUUACAUCGAGCAACAUUGUUUCAUUAUGGUUCAUGCCGGUAAACAUCCUUCUUACGUUUAUUAUCGGUUCAGCACUUGGAUGGAUACUUGUGAGAAUCACAAAAACUCCCAUAGAACUCCAUGGCCUUGUUAUUAGUUGUUGUGCUGCAGGGAAUUUGGGGAACUUGCUUCUAAUUAUAAUUCCAGCAGUAUGUGAGGAGAAGAAUAGUCCGUUUGGAGAUUCAAUAACAUGUUCCACCAAUGGAAAGGCCUAUGCAUCACUAUCUAUGGCGAUAGGAGCAGUGUAUAUUUGGACAUAUAUCUAUAACAUCAUUCGAGCAUCUGGAACUCAACAUAAUACCUCAACUGUCAAUAUUGAGGGUUCUAAGGAAGUCCCAGAAUUAUUGUCCGAAAGUUGUAUACCUCCCAAGGAUAGUCUACAGAAUGAUAUGGACCAUGAAGCUCAACUUGCAGUACCACUCAUUGAAUAUCAAACCACAUAUGAUGAUCAGGGACAUGUUAUGAGAAAGAUCAAACAACAUAUAAAAAUAUGGACACAGAGGAUCAAUUUCAAAAUGUUGUUUGCACCCUCAACAAUUGCUACGAUCGUUGGGAUCUUGAUUGGUGUAUCGUCCUUGCUAAGAAAGCUAAUGAUUGGAAAUGAGGCUCCAUUGCAUGUUAUUGAUAGCUCUGCAUCUAUGCUUGGUGAGGCUACAAUACCAGCAAUGACAUUGAUAAUUGGAGCAAAUCUUCUUAAAGGGCUGAAAAAGUCAGGAGUAGGUAUGUGGGUGGUGAUAGGGAUUCAAGUAAUACGUUAUGUGGCAUUACCACUAUCAGGAAUUUGUGUUGUGAAAGCUGCACGCCAUUUUGGAUUGGUUGGAUCAGAUUCCUUAUAUCAGUUUGUACUUCUCUUGCAAUAUGCACUUCCCUCUGCCAUGACUAUUGGUAUCUACCAGCUCAUCAUUUACUUCUUCCCUCUCUCUUUGUUUUUCUACAGUAUUAUAUUACUUUAUCCGUUUCCUUCACGCCUCCCGGGGAGCUUCCAUCCAUUUUGCUUCUUUCGUGACUCAAACUCACUAUCUUUUGAUUGAAAGCAUGGAAUGUAUAUCAUCUGAAGCAACUCCCUCUUGUCUAUUACAAUACUUUCUUCGUUUCAGUUUAUAUGACAUAGCUUAAGUUAAUUUCUUAAAAUGUAUAGCCUAAAACACAUCAUAUAUUAGUGUACCUAUAAUUUUUUUUGAAAUUUAUGACGUGAAAAAUGUGAUAAUAUUUAUGUGGUUAUAAAAAGUUCUCAUUAAAGAUAAAAUAAGAGAUGUAAAACUAAUUAUUUUCAAAUUUAGAAGAUUGUCAUUUUUUUUUUUUAAGAAAAUGACCAAAAUGAAAAGGGUGUGUCGUAUAAAUUAAGGAGAAGAAAAUAUCUUUUUGGUUAUCUAAUGAUGUAAGAAAUCUUAUGCGCACACUGAAAAGUUUAUAUAUGUAGAAAUUAAACUUUUCUUUUGCAAAUAUUUGUGCAAUUAUUUCUCAUUUCAAAAGCAAUUUUUGUCUUAUUCUUUCCAUUUGGCCUUUUUUGUUGGAAAAUGAGCAGGUACAAUUACACAGUUGUUUGAAGUUGGUGAAUGUGAAUGUUCAGUGAUUAUGCUAUGGAAUUAUGCACUGGCAUCAGUUGCACUUACUCUAUGGACGACUUACUACAUGUGGAUUUUAUCUUGAGUUAUUUGUACAAAAUAGAGAUAUUCACCGUUUGGUUAUUUAGUUACAAUAUCGCCAACAAAUAUAUUAGUUUUGUAUCUUUCAAUAUAAUUGUUCGCAACAAAUUUUCGUUGUGCGAAAAAUUAACUGCAAGCAAAAAUAAAAAUAAAUAAAAAGAAUAAUUUUUUUAAAAGUAA